AUGUACAAAGCUGGCCAUUCUGCUAUGCCGAAAACCGCGUUUCCAACUAUGCAAAAGCAACGACCAUUCUGUACUUCUCAUCAGUACCCUCAAACCUUUCAAAAAGGAGCUGAAAAGCGAAGAGGUAUUCCACCCAAGAAGACUUGCGAGCAACUACUGCCUCAUUCCGAGAUGUCUGUCCCAAUAUUCAACAAGCCGAAAAUAAAGCACAACUCACCAUUGAUCCUUACUCCACCGUCGACACCUUCGUCGCCUCACAUUGAACAACAAAUUGAAUUUCUCCAUAGUUUAUGGCGAGCAUUUCGCGAAACACCAACAGGAGAGGCAGACCCAACGAUAGUAAUUUUUCGCAGAGGAAAGGAACUGCCGCCAGAUUUCGAACCAUUUAACAUUGAUCGUUUCCUUGCUGAGAAAUUACUGAAGGAGUUGGAUAUCGACCCAAAGUUUGCGAUUUUCUGA